AUGGCAGACAAUCGCUCUGAAGAUUGUGAAUCUGCUUUGGCUGAGGAUUUGAACGCCAGAUCUCAUGAUUCUGUUUCUUCUGCAGGUUCUUCACCAGUCAGCCCAAAUUCAGCACAGCAUGGCUUCACACCAAUUCGCAGCACGAGCUCAGAACUGAAACAAUCUAACACAGGAGCACAAUUAACGGAUGAGGGCCUCGCACGGACUAUAUCUCAGCGACGAAGCUAUGCUUCCGGUCAUGAAGGAGGGGAAUGGGCUCAAAUAGAAAAGCUGAUUUCGCGAAUGUUCGGCGAAGAACGCAAGGCCAACUCCGAAGAAGAGAAAACACGCCACCUUGGAGUAGUAUGGAAAGGUCUCACGGUGAAAGGUGUAGGCCUCGGAGCCGCUCUCCAGCCAACUAAUGGAGACAUCUUUCUGGGGUUACCGCGGCUCAUCAAACGACUUUUGACUCGAGGGAGAAAAGGAACUGGAGUCGGAAAGCCAUCAAUUCGAACAAUUCUGGAUGACUUUUCCGGUUGCGUUCGCCCAGGAGAGAUGCUUCUUGUGCUGGGUCGCCCUGGGUCGGGCUGUUCCACCUUCUUGAAGGUCCUCGGGAACCAAAGAGCUGGAUACGAAAGCAUCGACGGUGAUGUACGUUAUGGAGGCACUGAAUCAGAAAAGAUGGCAAAACAGUAUAGAUCUGAAGGUGUGUUACGUCCGCGCAUCUGUGUUUCAUUGCUGAAAAUGUCAGUAUUGUACAACCCCGAGGAUGAUCUCCACUAUGCAACUUUGACUGUUCGAGAUACUUUACUAUUUGCUCUCAAAACUCGAACUCCCGACAAGGACUCACGUAUUCCCGGAGAAAGUCGAAGAGAUUACCAACAGACGUUCCUCUCUGCUAUUGCCAAGUUGUUCUGGAUUGAGCAUGCCCUCGGAACCAGAGUUGGCAAUGAGAUGAUUCGUGGAGUUUCUGGUGGUGAGAAGAAGCGGACAUCGAUAGCUGAAGCGAUGGUUACAAAGGCCAGCACACAAUGUUGGGACAACUCAACUAAGGGCCUGGAUGCCAGUACGGCACUCGAGUACGUACAAAGCUUGCGCAGUUUGACAAAUACCGCCAAUGUCUCUACUGUGGUAGCUCUCUACCAGGCGUCAGAAAAUCUUUUCAAUCUUUUCGACAAGGUGAUUCUGAUUGAAGACGGCAAAUGCUCUUUCUUUGGUCCCGGUGAGAAGGCAAAGGCAUAUUUCGAACAUCUCGGCUUUGAAUGUCCUCCACGAUGGACAACCCCGGACUUUUUGACUUCUGUCAGUGAUCCACAUGCAAGACGUGUGAAAGCUGGCUGGGAAGAUCGAAUUCCCCGCACUGGUGAUGAUUUUCAAGCAGCAUAUCGUCAAAGCGAUGUCUAUAAAAAUACUCUUGCGGAUAUUGAAAGUUUUGAGGGUGAGAUCGAAGCCCAGAAGAACGAAAGAGAAGCUGCGAGAAGUGAAUUGGAUAAGAAGAAUUUCACAAUCUCGUUCUAUAAGCAGGUCAUGAUUUUGACGCACCGUCAAUUUUUGGUGAUGUUUGGCGACAGAGAGUCAUUGAUUGGCAAAUGGAGUGUAAUCACUUUUCAGGCACUGAUCGUUGGAAGCUUGUUCUAUAAUCUCCCAGAUACGAGUUCUGGCGUUUUCACCAGGGGUGGUGUCAUGUUCUUUAUCCUGCUAUUCAAUGCAUUGCUGGCCAUGGCAGAACUGACAGCAGCAUUUGAGAGCCGGCCGAUAUUGAUGAAGCACAAAAGUUUCUCUUUCUACCGCCCAGCAGCAUAUGCCCUCGCCCAGGUCGUCGUCGACGUGCCUCUUGUGUUUAUUCAAGUUGUGUUGUUUGAUGUAGUAGUCUACUUCAUGGCAAAUCUUGCACGAACAGCUUCACAAUUCUUUAUCAAUCUCCUGUUUAUCUUCACCCUCACAAUGACCAUGUAUUCAUUCUUCCGCGCCCUUGGAGCCUUGUGUGCCUCUUUGGAUGUUGCAACACGUCUUACUGGUGUGGCCAUACAAGCUUUGGUUGUGUACACAGGCUACUUGAUUCCUCCGUGGAAAAUGCACCCGUGGCUCAAAUGGCUUAUUUGGAUAAACCCGGUGCAGUACGCAUUCGAAGCAUUGAUGGCGAACGAAUUUCACAAUCUCAACAUCAAAUGCGAACCGCCGUAUAUCGUUCCAGGAGGACCAAAUGCAUCUCCUGGUCAUCAGACCUGCGCGAUACAGGGCAGUAGUCCAGAUCAGUUGACUGUUCAGGGUUCCAAAUACAUCGAAACAGCAUACACCUACAGCAGAGCUCACCUUUGGCGAAACCUAGGCAUUAUCAUCGGAUGGUUCCUUUUCUUCGUCAUUUUGACAAUGCUGGGAAUGGAACUACAAAGGCCUAACAAAGGUGGAAGUUCGGUGACGGUGUUCAAAAGGGGCGAGGCCCCCAGAGCAGUUCAAAAUGCCCUUGCACAAUCCGGAUCACCCGAGGACGAGGAGUCUACAAGCACUGCCAACACAAACCAUGAGCCAAAAGAGCAAGAUUCGAGUGGGUCUGAGGAUAAGGUUCAGGACAUUGCUAAAAACACAGCAAUCUUCACAUGGCAGGAUGUAAACUACACCAUUCCAUACAAGGGUGGACAGAGGCACUUGCUGCAAAAUGUCCAAGGAUAUGUCAAGCCCGGUCGUCUCACUGCACUAAUGGGUGCAUCUGGUGCAGGAAAAACCACCCUUCUGAACGCGCUCGCACAGCGCAUUAAUUUUGGAGUGGUUACUGGCAACUUUUUAGUUGAUGGACGGCCUCUCCCGAAAAGCUUCCAAAGAGCAACCGGAUUCGCCGAGCAGAUGGACAUCCACGAGCCGACUGCUACUGUUAGAGAAUCUCUCCGUUUCUCUGCCCUUUUGCGCCAGCCUCGAGAAGUUCCUUUGCAAGAAAAAUAUGAUUAUUGCGAGAAGGUGAUCGACCUUUUGGAGAUGCGAUCUAUUGCUGGUGCCACAGUGGGAUCUGCGGGAUCGGGGCUGAACCAGGAGCAGCGAAAACGGCUCACGAUCGCAGUGGAACUAGCAAGCAAGCCGGAGCUGCUGCUCUUCCUUGACGAACCAACAUCAGGACUUGAUUCUCUGGCCGCAUUCAAUAUUGUACGUUUUCUUCGCCGACUGGCAGAUGCCGGGCAGGCUGUUUUAUGUACAAUCCACCAACCUUCUGCUGUUUUGUUCGAGAACUUCGAUGAGCUUUUGCUGCUCCAAAGUGGUGGAAAGGUUGUUUACAAUGGCCCACUUGGAAAUGAUUCCAAGACCCUCAUCGAUUUCUUCGAAAAAAAUGGCGGGAAAAAGUGCUCACCACACGCAAAUCCGGCAGAGUACAUGUUGGAAGUCAUUGGAGCCGGAAAUCCGGAUUACAAGGGACAGGAUUGGAGCGAUGUGUGGGCCAACUCGCCGGAAUCCAAACAGCUUUCUGAAGACAUAGAAGGUAUUGUUGCGUCCCGUCGCAAUGUUCAAAACGAAAAAGUCAAAGACGAUCGCGAGUACGCAAUGCCACUCUGGGUCCAAAUAGUGACAGUCACCAAGCGUGCAUUCGUAGCUUACUGGAGAAUCCCGGACUACAUCCUUGGCAAGUUUAUGCUCCACAUCUUUACGGGCCUGUUCAACACCUUCACAUUUUGGCAUCUCGGAAAUAGUUAUAUCGACAUGCAGUCCAGACUAUUUUCUGUGUUCAUGACAUUGACCAUUUCACCACCACUGAUCCAACAAUUACAGCCACGAUUCCUGCAUUUUCGCAGCCUCUAUGAAUCCCGCGAAUCUAGCUCGAAGAUUUACUCGUGGGCUGCCUUUGUCGUCAGCACAAUUAUUCCAGAACUUCCCUAUUCAAUUGUGGCCGGGUCAAUUUAUUUCAACUGCUGGUACUGGGGAGUAUGGUUCCCACGCGAUUCUUUCAGCUCUGGCUACGUCUGGGUGCUUCUCAUGCUCUUUGAAUUGUUCUAUGUCGGAUUCGGGCAAUUUAUAGCAGCACUUGCGCCCAAUGAGCUCUUUGCAAGUUUACUUGUGCCAACAUUUUUCACCUUCAUUGUUGCAUUCUGCGGUGUUGUUGUGCCUUAUGCGGCGUUGCCGCAUUUUUGGCAGUCGUGGAUGUACUGGCUUACGCCAUUCCAUUACUUGCUGGAAGGGUUUGUUGGAGUCGUCACACAUAACGUUCCUGUGCGCUGUGUGGAGCGUGAAGAAUCACAUUUCAGCCCUCCAUCUGGCAUGACCUGUCAGGAAUAUGCGGGACCUUAUACACGAGAGGCCGGUGGGUAUGUCCGAGACGCUGGAAAUGGAAUGUGCUCAUUCUGUCAAUAUGCGACUGGUGAUCAAUAUGGCAUUUUCUGGGGAUAUAUUCUCUUCAACUUCGCUCUCGUUUUCGCCAUCUCCUGGCUGUAUCUCCAUGGUGCUCGCAACAUGAAACAUUGGCUGAGUGCG